AUGCCACACUCAGUCUCGUCCGAUGAAAACGUCGCCGAGCCGCCUUUCAAGAUUGCCAUCAUUGGCGCAGGCAUUGGUGGUUUAGCAUUUGCAAUCGGCUGUCUCAAACACAAUGUUCCUUACACACUUUACGAAUCUGCUCGUGAAUACAGCAUCGUAGGUGCUGGAGUCGGUCUUGGUCCAAAUGCCCUCCGGGCUAUGGAUAUGAUCGACCCGAAGUUGCGAGCGAUGUACAAUGAUAUUUCUUCGGGCAACCUGACUCCAAACAAAGAUCAUGUCAUGAUGGAUGCUCUCUAUGCUGAGGACGGGUUUGGUGAGAAGCGCGGCUGGGUCCCAGCACCCUAUGGUGCAGAAUGCUAUGAUAGAACUAGUGCACACCGCAAAGACCUGCUGGAUAUCUUGACCAGCAUGAUACCUAGGGAGACCGUCCGGUUCAGCAAGAGAGUGAAGAGCAUGGAACAGCUGGAAGACAAGGUUAUCAUCACUUUCGAGGACGGUGAGGUCGCUGAAGCCUCGGCUGUUAUCGGCAGUGAUGGUGCAAAGGGACCGACUAGAGGUUAUGUCCUGGGAGACCGAUGGCCCGAAGAAGUUUCAGCUACCUACAGCGGCAAAUAUGUCUACAGAUCAAUCAUACCCAUGAAGGAUGCUCUUGAGAUCCUAGGAGACCACGCGGGCGACGCCAAAUCAUUCAUUGGCCACAAUGUCAACUUUAUCACAUUCCCGAUUUCACGAGGUACACAAUGCAAUCUAGUUGCUUUCAAGUUCACCGACGAGCCUUGGACUCACCAUCAGUGGACGAAGCGGGUGACAAAAGAAGAAAUGGUGGCAGAUUUCGCAAAAGGGGUUGACAAGAGAAUUGUGAAACUUCUCGACGUAAAAUGCUCCCGAUCUAUCUGUUGA